AUGGCGGCGCUGUGGCUUAGGCUGCUGCUCGCCGUCGGGCUCCCCAUCGCGGCGCUGGUCGCAGUCGUGUUUCUGGUGUACCGGCGUAAAAGCUUGCCUCGUAAUGCGCCGCCGGAGCUGCCGGAAGUUUCCCCUACGGCCGGUGUGAAGCCGCUGACGGCGAGCCCCGGGCUGGCGAAGCUCAACAUGAGGUACAACGCCGCCAGCGGCCGUGUGGGGCUGCGGUUCCAGCAGCUGCACCAGCACCAGCACCACGCCGUGAGGCACCGUGGCUCGAGCGGCGGCGGCGGAGCGCAGCAGGGCGCGUUCCAGUGGGCCGACCACCCGCGGCUGGUGACGGAGGCGGCGGAGAACGGGUGGGCGCAGUUCUUGUUCACGGUGGCGCCGCCGCGGUCCAAGUCCGCGUCGUCGUCGCCGCUGUGGGGGACGUGCCCGCUCUGCGACGCCGGGACGAGCCGCGACAUGGCGGAGGCGGCCGCGUGGGAGCUGCCCGCGGGGUCGUCCGAGCGGAUGCAGGCGGUGCGGCUCAACCCGGCCGCCGCCGCGGCGUCCGGCAGGAAGUGGCUCCCCGGAAGCAUCCCGAGCCCGCUCCGCGGCGACAAGGACGCGGGGAACGGGAACCCCAGCGCGCUGUGCCUCGCCAGGAUGAGCCUGCCGCUGCCGGGCCCGCCCCUCGCCGGCACGCCGUUCCCGCAGGACGCCUACUUCGAGAUCACCAUCAUCUACCUCAACACGAAACGGCCGGAGUGGUCAGCGUCCAGGGCGAGCAGGCGUGGGCGGGACGGCUCCAGCGAGAGCGACCACGUCAAGCUCAUCAGUUUUGCACCGGACGCCAAGAACCCGGUGCAGGAAAACAGAGCCGCCGCCAAGGACGGUGAACAGGACAGACGGAGGCAUUUGGUCAUGUCGCUCGGCCUCGCCACCGCGUCCACCGCUCCACAACGGCCGUCGCUGGCCGGAACGUACUCGUCGUCCAUCGGGUUCCACUCCGACGGGGCCGUCUAUCUCGACGGGAUGAAACUGGUGUACGAAUCGGACAAGUCGUCGUGGGUGGGCGUGGACAAGGUGGUGGGGUGCGGCUUCGAGCCGGCGAAGCGGAAGGUGUUCUUCACGGUGGACGGGCAGCUGGUCCACGCCGUGAGCUGCAACGCGGAGGCGUUCUCGAGCCCGCUGUACCCGGUGCUGGCCUCCAGCUUCGACGUGAUGGCGCUGGUCAACCUCGGGCAGGGCAAGUUCCGGUACGCGCCGGCCAACGCGCGGCGCACGGCCAACCCGUGCUUCGUACGCGCCGCGUCCGCGGUGGACGACGCCCGCGGCGGCAGCGGCUCGAUGGGCCUCGACUUCGACGACAGCGGCGAGCUCUUCUCCAUGGGGCGGGUGGACUCCGGGUGGCUGGAGACGGCGAAGGUGAGCAGGAGCAGGAAGGAGAGCAUCGGCGGCUCCGGCGCGGCGUCCGUCGUCGGCGACCCGGAGGCCGAGUCCGACCUGUUCGAGAUCCCGCUGCGAGACUGA